AUGGGUCUGAGUUUCGGUACAUUUAAUGUGCCGAGUACCGGUGGGACAAGUGAAGACGAUUAUUCAUUCGAAAUUGAAUAUUCAACUAUACUGAAAGAUACAACUAAAGUGGGAUCAAAGUUAACGUCGGGUGCUGGAGCUCGACAGGGCGAUGUGCUGUGGAUUGGAGUGAUGAAUUUGAAUGCGGUUGCAUCAUCAAAAGGCUCAAUCUUCGAUAAGAGCUGUUCUAGCACGGCAGUAAACCCUGGAGCAAUCGAGAAAGUCAUCUUCAGUGUGCAUGCACCGUAUGCUUCAGGAGAUUAUACGUUGGAUAUUGUCAGUCCUUCCGAUGCUCUAUCCAUCCUGGAUGUCACACUUGUCCCCGGGGAGGGCUUUGCCGAUGAUUUUGGUACUGCUUCGAAGCAGCCAUUUUUGAGAAAAGACCCCUCGCUCAUUCGUGUCGAUCGAUAUAGAGUAAACCUUAAAGAUGCCAAGAAUAAAUAUGCAGCCGACAAUUCGAAAACAAAAGAACAAUCCGGUUUCUUAGUCGAGGUGACGGUACAAGUUUCACCGUUUGCCAGCAGCAAACCGCGCGUGGACUUUCGUGUUGAAUUCCCAAAGCAAGAUUCUGAUACGCGCUUCUGUGCGUUUGAUAUUACAACGGACACGUCAAGUUUUACUCAGAAUCCCUCACUGUCAGUGACAUUGGACACACCGAAGUCUACUGUGGAUACAUUUCGAACUGUGGACGUCUUUGUAGACGUGGUUUUCCCCGCCAAAUCCAAACAGCUGUACUUUCUCGAGGCUAGCAUGUCGGAGCCGUACAAAGGUGAAUUUGGAGCCGUAAGAAUUGAGACAAGUGGAUCCGGUUUGCCGAUAUACAAAGCAUCGGCUAGUAAAAUGCCUGCUUUUAAGAUUCAAGUUAUUGAUCCAGUCACCACAAACCCUCAAGCAACUUAUCCGGCAGUGGUUGAGGCAAAAAUAACUUUCAAAGAAAAUUUUCCCUAUUCUCCGGUGUAUGGAACGAUCACUCCUGGGAGCCAAAGUUUAGAAAUACAGAGUGCUUCUGUCGCAUCCAUUGGUGGUUGUCUCCAAGACGCUAUCGUGGCCGGAAUCCCGAUUUAUUAUGAAGCCGCUUCACUGGAUAGCAUGGCCUAUCUCAUACCGGUUAUCAACACGGGGACAACGGGGACAACAGCUUCUGUGUCGGUCGUGCUGAAGCAUGGUAUUGACGAGGUGCCGACUUUCAUUACUCCAGAGCUCGAACAAGGAUUACAAACAUCAACCCCAAUCAGGAGCACGUCUUUGAAACUAGAAACGCUUGAUUUUAACCCUCGCUCGGACAAAGAAGACUCAAAACCCGUCGCCCCGGGUCAAACAGCGCGAUUCAUGUAUGAAAUUGUCAUUCCCGACCGUAAAUGUGCUUCGUACACAGUUGUUGUCAAUCUGAUCGACUCCUCUCAGUGGCCCGUGGAUUUGGGCGGAGCAUAUGUUCAAGCGCAUGGCAAUUCAAUUUGGUGUCUGGACAAACGCAUAUCGACGUCAAGUCAGAAAAGAUUGGAUAAAUUCAUAAUUUUGUAUUGUAGCUCGCAAAAUACUUCUUUGGUCUCACACCUUGAAUUCGACCUUGGUUACGUUUGCUCACAAGGAUUAGCCGACAGUUGGAUUCGAAUUGUGUUUUUUGCCCGACCGUGGACACAACCUAUCGAGGACACGGGACGAAAAGGCACCGCACAAGUUACACUAGAAGUUGGUUUAGAAGAAGACGAUGUUCCGAAUCCAGACUUAACGAAACGUUUGACAUUAGAGAUCGAUGCAACAAAGACAGUUACGGAACUGAAAACUGUAUACUCAAAACAACCUGUUGUGACCUUCAGAGAGCAGACCGCUGUAGCAAGCAGACCUGGUGAAACGAUUGACUUGACACUUCAAAUCCAGGUUCCCCCAGGAGCCAUUUUCCCCGAUUCGAGUUUACGCGUAGAAUGCCCAAAUGAAGCAGGUGAUACCGAGGCCAAAUGCACACUGCUUGCUUUGCGAUUAGAAUCCGGUUUCAAUUAUGCCCAACUGGGGAAUGAGUUAUUCAAACCGGUAUUCACUUCUUCGUCCAAGACAGAUCAGUUGAAUGUGAUGGAAGUACCUCUGGGUACAGUGGUGCACACCGGUGAGUAUCAAUCGUACCUUCAAUUGUUGACAAUCACCAGCUUUCAUAGUCAUUAUGAUCGCCUGAGUGAGAUUGGUGUUGGUCUGAGAGCUAUUGCAUGUGCUACGCAGACCAUCAGCUUAUCUGAUUCGGAUUCAAAUCUAUUGAAUGCGAUAGNGCAACUUCGAAUCGCCGAUGGGAAAUGGGCGGAAAAUGAUGCCGAACUGACAGUGAAUGCGGCUGUACAGUUGAGCUCACUUUCUCAGAGUGCCAGUGCAAAGCUGAAAGUGUUUCGAGACGGAACGGAAGAGAUGCGAAUCACACUGCAGACAAAGGCUGGGGCACUCUACUUUGGUCAAAGUGCAGCCAUGACCUUGUCUAUGCAAGUGGAUCCGAAGAUAGAAUUCAAAAAGACAGAAAAUUCCAAGUCAAUUUCUGUAACAGCUGAAUUGGUGUGCAUGGCAAACAAGCGCACAUCUCCACUGCCCCAAAACUCCGGUGGUCGUCCGGCAAGAUUUUUCAACUUCGCUCAAGUAAAAUUGAAGCGACCCGACUCAGCUGACUCGUGUAUAAGUGAACUGAAUAUGCAAAACACCAUACGUUUGCUGGACUGUCAAAUUUCGGCGUUCGCUUCACCUGAUCCAUCAUAUUCCGUCCUCAUGAUUCGGCCGAAUUCGGGUCGUGGUUGGCGUAUUCCGGCGCGAAGCGGGGCGUUUACACGAUAUCGCUACGUGACGGUGGUUUUUGGGAGCUUGACCGAACUGGCAUCUCUGAGUUUUCAACUUUUGGACACCUCAAAUAAGAUAGAACAAAUUGCGAUUUAUUCGACCAAUGAUGGUCGAGACUAUUUCCUACAUGAGGAGGGUGAUGUCUCAUUUGAUUCGGAUACCAGUGGAACAUACUUUUUCAAAGAUGUGCUAUACACCCGUGGUUUGCGUGUCGUUUUCAAGAAGUUACAGCAUGACAGUAGAUCUACUGUGAUCACCAUGGAUUUCCAUGUGUGCAGUCAAUCAAAGGAUGAAAACACAUUCGAUAUCGGUCAAAUGUUGUCACAAAUUGUCAGCUACUUACCAUCGGAGAAAUCUAUUUUUGGAAUUGGCCACGAUGAACAAAGUUUGGUUCAGGGCACCAAUGAUGGCGAAUCAUGGAUUGGUGUUAAUAGAGACCUUUACCGCCUAGCCAUCCAAGACUCCAAGGACGUGAUUAACGCUACUGUGGUCCCCUGGAUGACAAUAGAGGGUAAAUUUGAGGAGGGCGUCACGGGCGAGUCGUGUGUUGCGUACACACAAGGAGACUGGUUUGUUUGCUACGACGGAAUCUAUCAUCGGAGUACGCUGGUUGUGGACUGGAAUACCGAUUGUCCCGCAUUCACGUCACUCAUUGACGCACUUUGA